AUGACAAACUCCCUUACAAGCACUCAGCAGGAGCUUAAGGAGACAAAGUCCUCUCUGAGAACUAUGACAAACUCCCUUACAAGCACUCUGCAGGAGCUUGAAGAGACAAAGUCCUCUCUGAGUAGCACUCAGCAGGAGCUUGAAGAGACAAAGUCCUCUCUGAGCUCUAUGACAAACUCCCUUAGAAGCACUCAGCAGAAGCUAAAACUUAGUGAGGGAUCUUAUGAGACUGUGACAAUAGUGCUCGUUUGUAUCGUCACGAUCUCUAUUGUUCUGCUGACAAUUCUUAUAGUCCGAGCUAUAGUCCGAGCUAUUAGAACAAAGCGGUCCGUUGCAUUGAGUGGACUGCCUAGAGACAUUGAAAGUGACCAGGGACCGAAACCACAAUACGCUAGGGAGAGAGAAGCUAGGGAGGAGGAAAAUGCUGGAACAGCAGACUACAGGGAUGAUAUUGAGAAUAAUGCAGAGGAGAUAUAUGAUAAUAAGGAGUUGUAUAAUUUAGGCCUUGUUAUUAAACGAAGAGCAGCGGAGGAAACUGAGAGGAAAACUGAGGAGGAAACUAAGGAGGAACAUAAGGAGGAAACUGAGGAGGAAACUAAGGAGGAACAUAAGGAGGAACAUAAGGAGGAAAGUAAGGAGGAAACUGAGGAGGAAACUGACGGGGAAGCUAAGGAGGGAAAUAAGGAGGAAAUUGGGGAAGAGUCCAAAGUAGCUGUAGUCAAAGAGGAAUGUCCUGACAAGGCGAUGAACGUGAACCCUGAAGAGGAAGAGGAGGAAAGUGAGGAGGAAAGUGAGGAGGAAAGUGAGGAAGAAACUGAGGAGGAAAGUGAGGAAGAGUCCACGGUAGCUGUAGAUAAAGAGGAAUGUUCUAACAAGGUGAUGUACAUGAACGUGAACCCUGAAGAGGAGGAAAGUGCGGAGAAAAGUGAGGAGGAAAGUGAGGAAGAAACUGAGGAGGAAAGUGAGGAAGAGUCCACGGUAGCUGUAGAUAAAGAGGAAUGUUCUAACAAGGUGAUGUACAUGAACGUGAACCCUGAAGAGGAGGAAAGUGAGGAGGAAAGUGAAGAGGAAAGUGAGGAGGAAAGUGAGGAGGAAAGUGAGGAAGAGUCCACGGUAGCUGUAGAUAAAGAGGAAUGUUCUAACAAGGUGAUGUACAUGAACGUGAACCCUGAAGAGGAGGAAAGUGAGGAGGAAAGUGAGGAGGAAAGUGAAGAGGAAAGUGAGGAGGAAACUGAGGAGGAAAGUGAGGAAGAGUCCACGGUAGCUGUAGAUAAAGAGGAAUGUUCUAACAAGGUGAUGUACAUGAACGUGAACCCUGAAGAGGAGGAAAGUGAGGAGGAAAGUGAAGAGGAAAGUGAGGAGGAAACUGAGGAGGAAAGUGAGGAAGAGUCCACGGUAGCUGUAGAUAAAGAGGAAUGUUCUAACAAGGUGAUGUACAUGAACGUGAACCCUGAAGAGGAGGAAAGUGAGGAGGAAAGUGAAGAGGAAAGUGAGGAGGAAACUGGUGAUAAUGUAGGAGGGAUAUAUGAUAAUAUGGAGUUGUAUAAUUUAGGCCUUGUUAUUAAACGAAGAGCAGCGGAGGAAACUGAGAGGAAAACUGAGGAGGAAACUAAGGAGGAACAUAAGGAGGAAACUGAGGAGGAAACUAAGGAGGAACAUAAGGAGGAACAUAAGGAGGAAACUAAGGAGGAAACUGAGGAGGAAACUGACGGGGAAGCUAAGGAGGGAAAUAAGGAGGAAAUUGGGGAAGAGUCCAAAGUAGCUGUAGUCAUAGAGGAAUGUCCUGACAAGGCGAUGAACGUGAACCCUGAAGAGGAAGAGGAGGAAAUGAGGAGGAAAGUGAUGUACAUGAACGUGAACCCUGAAGAGGAGGAAAGUGAGGAGGAAAGUGAGGAAGAAACUGAGGAGGAAAGUGAGGAAGAGUCCACGGUAGCUGUAGAUAAAGAGGAAUGUUCUAACAAGGUGAUGUACAUGAACGUGAACCCUGAAGAGGAGGAAAGUGAGGAGGAAAGUGAAGAGGAAAGUGAGGAGGAAACUGAGGAGGAAAGUUAG